AUGGCCACAUCCACUCUGUCCGUCUGCUCCAGCGACCUGAGCUACGGCAGCCGCGUCUGCCUGCCCGGCUCCUGUGACUCCUGCCCCGACUCCUCCUGGCAGGUGGACGACUGCCCAGAGAGCUGCUGCGAGCCCCCCUGCUGUGCCCCCCCCUGCUGUGCCCCCCCCUGCUGUGCCCCCACAUGCUGUGCCCCAGGCUCCUGCCUGACCCUCAUCUGCACCCCUGCGAGCUGCGGGUCCAGCCCCUGCCAGUCAGCCUGUACCAGCUCCUGCCAGCCCUCCGGCUGCAGCUCCUCCCCCUGCCAGAAAGACAGACAGACUGUGUCUGUCUGCUGCAAGCCCGUCUGCUGCACCCCUGUCUGCUGCAAGCCCGUCUGCUGCACCCCUGUGUGCUGCCAGGCCUCCCCUUGCUCAGCCUCCUCAUGCUGCCAGCAGUCUAACUGCCAGCCCUCCGGCUGCAGCUCCUCCCCCUGCCAGGAGUCCUGCUGCGUGCCCAGCUCCUGCCAGACGUCCUGCUCUGGUUCCCUGGACUGCAUCCCCACCUGCUCAUGUGGCUGCCCGUCCCUGUGCUGCCCAGUGGCCUGCGGCCAGGCCUCCUCCUGCAGCUCAGCCUGCUGCGUGCCCAGCUCCUGCCAAGCAUCAUGCUGUAUGCCCAUGAGCUGUAAGCCCGCUGUGUGCGUGCCCGUGACCUGCAAGCCCGCUGUGUGCGUGCCCGUGACCUGCAAGCCCGUUGUGUAUGUGGCUCCCUCCUGCCAGUCCUCUGGGGCCUGCCAGCCCUCCUGCCCCACCCUGCUCUGCAGGCCUGCCCCCUGCGGCACCCCUACCUGCUGCUGA